AUGCAUUACUGUGGCCUGCAGAGCUGCUUUGCCCCAACCGCUCCGACAGCAGUAGUCGGGCUCCCAGUUGAGCAGCCCCAACCAACUCCAUCUGCGCUUGUGGAGUCUCCAGCACCAGCAGCACAACAGCCUCCCGAGCCGAUUCGGAAGGUCAACGACGGCUACGGCAUCAAGGUUUUUCAUGAUCCUGCGAAAAAUCCCAUCAAUCCUUCCAACCCUGUAGUAGAUGUCGUUUUCGUUCACGGCUUAACAGGAGGUCAAUUGACCACAUGGACGGCGAAGGGCGCAGCUAGACCAUGGCCCGAGUCUCUUUUAGCGGACGAUAUCCCCAACGCUCGAAUAUCAUCAUUUGGAUACGACGCGGACGUUGCGAAGAUCUUUGGGGGACAAGCAGGGCAGAAUGGUGUCAGAGAACAUGCCAGAAAUUUGGUGGGAUGCAUUGCUGAUCAGCUGCAAUUCGGCUCGGAGCCCAAACUGCCCAUAAUUUUCGUAGCACACAGCUUAGGUGGCUUAGGGUCUGAAUUAGCCAAUUGGGGAACCCUCGCAGCCAACCUCGUUAAUUUGGCAAAGAGAACGAAUCCCGGUAUCGUCGGGCUCCUGAAACCGGACUCGGAAGUUCUCCGGGACGUGACACAAGACUUUCACGCUUUGCGGCGCACUAGGGAAGACACAGGCAAGAGAAAGAUAGCCAUCAAAUGCUAUGGAGAACAGAAGGCCAUGCAACUAAUAGGAAAGUCAGCUAUAAUCGUUCCUAAACAAUCUGCAACGCUGGACGGUUACGAACUUAUUACUAUCUUGGGCUGCGACCACAGUAGCAUGACCAAGCUCGCUGCCAGAGACAGCGAAUAUAGCAAGGUGUGCAUACAGAUCCAGAGGUGGAUCGAAGCAUUGUCGCCGGUGCCAGACAGAACUUUGAGUCAAGACGAGCGUGAAUGUCCGCAAACAUUCCGGACAUCAGAUUACGAGCGAUUCAAAGAUAGAAAUCCUGAUCGACUCGAAGAGACAUGUCUGUGGUUGCUAAAUUAUGAGAAUUUCCAGACCUGGUAUAACGAUCGAUCCUCCUGCUUCCUUUUGGUGACCGCAGAUCCAGGGUGUGGCAAAUCCGUCUUGACCAGGUCGCUUAUCGAGAGAGAGCUAAAACCCUCUUCUACUCGUACAACCUGCUACUUUUUCUUCAAGGACGACAAUGAAGACCAGAAAAAGCGAAGGGAAGCGACUGACCCAAUCAUUUCACAAGAUGUGGAAGGUCCUCAAUCAAGCUGCGGCAGCUUGAACGAGCUCUAUCUGCACCAUACUUCCUCGCGAGGGAAUGGGGCCGAACUCAAAUUUCUCGUAACUAGCCGCCCCUACCAAAUAAUCGAGGGACCAUUUGCGAGGCUCAUCAAUGACAUGCCAAACGUUCGACUGAAAGGAGCAGACGAGUCUCCGGCAAUCAGUGCAGAGAUCAACCGCGUCAUCAAAUACAGAGUGCAUCGGGAGAUCGGACCAGAAUUACACCUGGAUGAGUCAGAGAAACAAGCGCUCGAAGAUGAUCUUUUGCAGAUGACUCACCGGACUUACCUCUGGCUGCGACUUGUCAUUGAAGAGAUACGCAUCCGCUGGAGCGUUACGAAGAAAGAGCGGACAAAAUUGAUAGGCACACUUCCUGAUACAGUCUACGAGGCUUACGAGGCGAUUUUGACAAGGAGUCUUGACAGGACCAAGAAACGAAAGCUUCUCUGCAUCGUUCUCGCAGCCGGACGGCCCCUCACGCUGAAAGAGAUGAAUAUUGCCCUCGCCGUCGAAGACGAGCAUCGGUCCUACGACGAACUGAGCCUUCACUCCGAAUCUAGGUUUCAAAUAGUCAUCAGGAAUCUCUGCGGCCUCUUCGCUAUACAUUGGGGAAUAGCCGAGACGGGAGUACACGAGGCGCAUAAGACACUCUUGCAACCGGCCCUGGAGUUAUGUGACGUUUCCAGGAAAGGAAAAACUUGGUUCCUACUGCGCCCUUCGCAAGACGACUACAACAAACUCGUCUUCUAUGGUCCCAGACCGGGUGAUAGAUCGAUCAUGCUCAUAGUAGCAUCAUUCCUCGGGUUCCACGCCACCGUCUCAGAACUUUUCGAGCUCGGAGCGACUGACGUCAACACUACUUGCGAUCACGUAAAGGGGACACCGCCAUCGUGGGCGGUGAGGAAGGGGCACGAAAGUGUUGUCAAUAUGUUGCUCAAGAGAAAGGAUAUCGACGUCAACCAUCCCGACUGGGAGAGUCGCACCCCGCUAUUCCAUGUUGUACGAAUAAGGAACUACGCUGUCAUAAAGCAACUCCUUGAUAGACAGGGUGUCAAGGUCAAUCAUAGGCUCAAUGAUGGUCGCACGGCCCUAUUCGAGACAAUGGGAAUUAACACUUCCAAUAGCUACAUAGAUGUCAUCAAGCUGCUCCUUGCAAGACACGAUAUUGAUGUCAAUCUCGAGACCUCCAGUGGAACACCACUACGCUAUGCUACGCUCAACAGAUGUGCUGGCGCGGUGAGGCUGCUCCUUGAACGAGACGACGUAGACGUAAACUACAAGUAUAACGGCAAAACAUCCCUAUGGGAAGCGGCAGAAUGGGAUCCUAAGGAAAUUGUUCAGUUGUUCUGUGAGCGAGAUGACGUUGAGUUCCAGCGCGAGGCUCUGUUCUGGGCGGCUGUGGGGGGGCACGCGCAGGUGAUGAAGCGACUUCUACGGCGCUUUAAACUCAUCAUCAUCGUGAGGAAUAAGCGCAACGAAAACAUGCUAGAAACAGCAAUGGAAGGACGACACGAUGAAUUCGUUAUCGUUCUGAGAUAUGAGCACAACGAAAAGGUGCUGAAUGUGCCAAUGGAUGGAGCGUGCGACUUGAUAGUGAAGCUUCUGCUCGACCUUCACGUUAUCGAUCUCACUACUCAAAGUGAACCCAGUAGAGACACUCCACUGAUAAGAGCAGCGAGCAACAGUAACGAGGCAGUGGUAAAGCUGCUUUUAGAGCGGGACGACGUCAACCCCAAUGAGGGGAAUUACCUUGAACGGACGCCACUCUUGGAAGCUGCCAAAGAUGGACAAAGGAGGUAG